CGUUAGCAACAAUGAGAAGCUAACAGCAGAAGUUUUCCCCCUGCUGUUUAUUGGUGUCGAGUCAUGGCAAACAGAGAGAAAUAGCAGCUCACGGAUUAUCUCCACGCCGCAGCGACGCCGCGUCUCGGCCGCAUGUAACGGUAACCAGUUAUAAACCGGUAACCUUUGGUAACCAGCUGGUAAUUUCCGUAAGUGUUAGCUGUUAGCUUAGCAGCCGCCACCUCUGUUAUCAAACUGAACCAAAAUAACUGACGCCACGUGCACACAUCAGUAUUGGACAGAUGUAUUCUUGUAAUAAAACUGUGUAAAAGCCGUUUCGGUGAAUGUUAUAAAUAACUUCGUUUCUUUCUCGUGACACUGUUGCUGUCAUUGAACUGUCAUCAUUGUUCCUCCCGCCUUUCCGGCCUGUCGGCCAAUCAGAUCACUGGAGAUGUGUGAUUGACGUAACGUCUAGCCAAUGGGAGCAGAGGCAGACAGCGGCGCUCUCCCCGCUGUCUCUUCCGGCGCAGUCGUCUGGAUGCUGAUGCUGAGCGGCCGCUGAUCUGUAGCAUCUCGAACCCCUCAACGCUCGUUGACAUGUUGUUUAGUCUGAAGCCGCAGCACUGUGUUGACCUCUGUCUGGGCGGCCUGCUCUUGUUUUUAGCGGGGCUGCAGCAGGUGGAAGCAGCCGCCGCCGCCUCGGAGAUGGUCAACCUUAACUGGAAGCCGUUCAUCUACGGGGGGAUGGCCUCGAUUGUCGCAGAAUUCGGCACCUUUCCCAUCGAUCUGACGAAGACCCGGCUCCAGGUCCAGGGUCAGUCCCAGUACACGGAGGUGCGCUACAGAGGCAUGUUCCACGCCCUGUUCAGGAUCGGCAAGGAGGAGGGCAUCCGGGCGCUGUACUCUGGCAUCUCUCCAGCUCUUUUGAGACAAGCGUCUUACGGGACAAUCAAGAUAGGAACGUACAACUCUCUGAAGAGGCUGUUUGUCAGUCGUCCAGAAGACGAGACCAUGGUCAUCAACGUCUUCUGCGGCGUGGUGUCGGGAGUCCUGUCCUCGUCUCUCGCCAACCCCACCGACGUCCUGAAGAUCCGGAUGCAGGCUCAGGGGAGCCUCCUCCAGGGCAGCAUGAUGUCCAACUUCAUCAACAUCUACCAGACCGAGGGCACCAGAGGACUGUGGAGGGGCGUCAUCCCGACGGCGCAGCGCGCGGCCAUCGUGGUUGGCGUGGAGCUCCCCGUCUACGACAUCACCAAGAAGCACCUGCUGCGCUCGGGGCUGAUGGGAGACACCAUCCUGACACACUUCAUAUCCAGCUUCACCUGCGGCCUGGCGGGGGCGCUGGCGUCCAACCCCGUGGACGUGGUGCGCACGCGCAUGAUGAACCAGCGGGUUCUGUCCGGCAGCCCCAUGUACAAAGGCACGCUGGACGGCGUGAUGCAGACCUGGAGGAACGAGGGCUUCUUCGCGCUCUACAAGGGCUUCUGGCCCAACUGGCUGCGGCUCGGGCCCUGGAACAUCAUCUUCUUCAUCACCUUCGAGCAGCUGAAGAAGCUCCCGUUCUAACGCCGGCGGAGGAGGGGCUUCAGACCGCCGGGAUAAGUGGGGUGUGAGCACAGCGCCACCUGGAGUCCAAGCCGGUGACGCCCCGUCACUCGCCCAUCCACACCACUCCUCAUUUCUCUUCUUCUAAAGUCUCCAGACUGCUCCCCCCCCCCCCCCCGGCAGCUAAACGUGGCUGUAGCCUGAAUGCUGGCCGGACGCCGUCUCUCUUCUGUUGUUCCUGUUUGGAGUUGAUGGGAAGCAGGAGGAGUUUGGAGGCGGCGCUCAGCAUCCCUACAGGCCUCAAGGACAAACGGUGAAUUUUAUUUAUUGUGGCGGCUACUGAUGCCUCGAGUGGCAGAACAUGACCCGGGCGUGCACGGCCGGGCCGUCAGGAAGGGAGGAAAAACAGCCCAUAUGAUUUAGAAAUAUUGAAAUGCUGCAUGAAGUGUGCCCGUAGCUUUACUACUGAAUGCUGAGGAAUUGCAUGAUGGGAGGGACCGAGGGAGACGGGUCCAUCACAGCCAGUCAGACUGAGGCCUCGCUCACACCACCGUUUCAAAUGAGAAAAACAUUUCUUGGUUAGUAGACUAACAAAUCCCUUGAGCCCCAGCGGCCCGGCGUCGCAGUGCAAAGCAUUAUGGGAUAUCCCCAGUCUUGUUUCCUGUUAGCGGAUUCUAACACGGCUGCUGUCGCUCGCUCCCCAAAUGAAGGGUUUGAAUGAGAAUCACUCCACACUGAAGCGUCAGUCUGACUCCCAGAAUUAUUUUAUGUAAGACUCCUUGAGAGGAAAAGCAGCUUCCACACAUCCACCGCUCGCUCCAUCUGAAGAGGAGACUGACGUUUUACAGAAAAUGUGAACCAAAGCCUUUUAAAGACUCUUUUCCUUCUAUUUACUCCUGUUGUGUCACUCCAUGGUCACAGAGAAAUGUGUGUGUGUGUGUGUGUAUGGUGGAAGCCUUGCUUCGCUCAGCUCCCGUCCAGAGCAGUGUGUGUGUGUGUGUGUGUGUGUGUGUGUGUGUGUGCCCAGAGGAAAACUUUACUGCUCAAAGCUUGCUCUUCUACAGCUCAGGAGACAAAUGUGAGAUUCUCAUGUCAGCCUCAUUGUAGUUUCUGUUUUGUCUAAAAUGUUUCUCAUAUGUUUCUCCUAAAAUCCACCAGGAGAAAUAUGUGAGACAGAAUAAUAAGAGGGAGUCAUACUUGAGACUUAUGGGAGAUACCUCGCUAAUCUCAAUUGUGUGUUUGCAAUGGCUCCUUAAAAUGAGCAAUACUGGAGCUACUCAGGAGCAAUAUGUGACUGACACACACACACAUACACACACACACAGUACAGUAAAAUACUAUAUGAUGACUUCAAUCAUGUAACCCUCUCCUCCCACCUGACUGGAUUUAUCCUUCUAAACAACACAGAUCAUCCACUCAGUACUGUGAUGGGCCUCUCUCUUGACUGCAGGACGGAGAGAAAUACAUGAUCUUUGUACCCACAACCAUCAGGCUUUACAAUUCUGUAGCAAAUAACAGAUGAGCUGACAGACAAAUGAAUCCCUUUUGGGAUGAAUAAAGUCAUCUCAAUCUUUAUUAAAAUUAAAAAAUCAGUACUCAACAAUUAUCGCAACGACUCUGUAUUUUCAGUAUCCAAGUACUGUAGCUGUAAUGUCAGUUCAUUCUGCAUACAGUAAUACUUCAUUUUAAAAAAAUAUGUGGAUUACAAUAAAGUCAACAUGAUUCAAAACAACCAAACAUUGAUCUGAGUCUGAGAAUUCAAUGAGCGCUUGUAGAGUUCUCUUCAUUUGUUCUGUCUGAGCUUAGUAUGAGAAGCACGAACUGAAGCUGGGAUGAGAUUGAGUUCAUAGAGAGAGCUCUCUGAUUUCUCUGCCUUGAGAUCACAAAGAGACACAAAGGUUGAGAAACUCUGAGAAUUAUAUUAGAGCUUGUUGACAUCUCUUCUGAAACUUUAAAGGAGACUAAACUGAGAUUUAGUGCAUCUUAUUGCUCUGGAGACAGAAAUGAGACACAGGAGAAAUAAACCUCGGUCUCAGUUUGGUGUCACACAGAUCUCAAAGUUGUCUAGGAGAAGUAACUGAAACAUUUUUGAGAUCUCUUUUUGAAUUUUCUUUUCCUCUGGGUGUGUGUGUGUGUGUGUGUCGGGUAUGAGAACGCCCCCGCUGUGUGGAAACAGACUUCAUGGCCUGUGAACAGACAAUACUGCAGCUUUCUCUUUUCUUUAUGUUGUUUUUCCUCAUUUGUGCCAAAAUGUGCUUUUCCUUCAUUGGCACGCACACACGCUCACACGCACGCACACACACACACACACACACACACACACACACUGGCUUCUUGUAAAAAGUCGCUGUCGUUGGAAUAUAUAAAAACACAGGGCGUAAAGUGAACAUGCAUUCGUGUCUGAUAUGUUAUUUGCUUGUUUUAUUUAAAAAAAAAUUAAUUUAUUUUGGCACUUUUUAAAAAAGUUUCCAAACAUUUCAAAAUCUUAUCAGGUUGUUCUGUCAAUCCAGUGACGUACCAGACCCAAACGACUCAAAUAGUCUCAUUGUAUGGGUCAUUAUUAUAUAUAUAUGUACUGGUCCACAACUCUCUCUUGCACAAGUGCAGCUUGCCACCUCAGCAAACCUUUCAUUUCCAUGCAUUUUUAUUUGUGAAAGUGUUUCUUGUUUUGUUUUGUUGAUCCAGAGUUUUAUUUCUCUGGGCCGUUCACCUUGGUGGCUCGUCGUCUUGCAGAGCAGCGAUCGCUAUCCGUUAGCCGCUACCCGUUAUAACCCAGCAUGAGUCCUGAAGCCAGUCGGACUUCGCCACAGUCAAGCUAAUUCUCACAUUCUGCCUUUUUUCUCUUCAGAUCAAGAAAUCAGACUUUCAGACAAUCUGUCUUCCAGUUGAAGCUCUUCAGAUUCCAGCCUGCAGGUCUCUGCAGUGCUUCUCUCACUCCGACCUUCAUUGGUCUGUUUUCCUCUCUCUUCUGGUCGUAGAGCGCUCAGACUGCAGGACUUCACCUCCAUGGCAGUAGUUGUGGUGUUUCCUGUUUCUGUGGCGCUGCGGCGUUCUGCUUGUUUCCCUGAAGCUCCGCCCUCCACCACAUCCAUCACACACUCCUGGUGUGUGUGCCUGACUUCCUCCCUCCAGAUUCACGGUGCUCCUCUCACCAUGGGGACGUCCUGACCCACUCCAUUUCCUUCGUCUUGUCCUUGAAGCUUUGAGCCUCUUCUGGUGGAAGCCGGGGGUGUCAAACAUAAGGUGCAGGGGCCAAAACCAGGCCGCAAGAGGCUUUGAUCUGGCCAAACCACCAAGAAAAUUCAAAAAAUUUGGAAGAAAACAUGAUUAUUAUUAUUAUUAUUAUUUUAACUAAGGUUCCUAAGAGUAGCAGAGAUAUAGGUGACGCUGCCAUGACAGCUAAGCUAAUAGCUAACUAGCAUUAGCCUGAAAGCCCUGCCGUCAGGGGGAGUUUGGAACAGCGUGAGGAGUCCAGGUCUUGUGGUCAUGUCACUGUAUUAAAAUUGGCCUCGUGUUGAGAUUGGGUCGUUUUCUGUAGGAAUGGUUUGAUUGUUGUGGAAAUAUCAACAUGCUCAUCACGUAUCUGAAACUCAGCAAAAACAAAACCUUUAAGUUGUGACUUUAAGGUUCGGUGGCCCUGUUCUUCACAUGUGGCGGCUGAGCUUCAAGGCGUUUGACCCCCGGCGUGAGCUGGAGCUCAUCGCUCCUUACUUUGCCUCUCCUUCCUUCAUCGGGUCGACAUGCAGCCGUCUCUGGACGGAGCGGCAGGAGCUGUGAUGAGUGGAGGCUCUGGAGCUUGAGACGGCGUUUCUUCGUGCUUUGAAGUUCUUUUGAGUGAAUUAACAGUGCUCUUUCUCUUGCCCCCCGCUGUGACUGGGCUUUAGAGGGUCGUCCAGCUGCCAGGCAGACCCGACAGUCAUCCAGUCACAGCCGACAGAUUCAAGUGUUCAUCCUCUGCCGUGUUCCCCUCAUAGUGUGCCGCUGAGCGCUCUGUAGUUUCAGUUUGCUUUUCCAAGUGCAAUUCUUUUCCCGGUGCAGAGCAGAGCUUCAGCGCCGCCACUCGUCACGCCGCUCUGCCGCCACGCCGCUCUGCCGCCACGCCGCUCUGCCGUCUCGCCGCUCUGCCGCCACGCUGUGUCUUCUCAGUUACUCAUCCACUGUUUCCGCCGGUUGGCUAUCAGCCGUCAGUUCGGCUGAGUGUGCGGCGUGGCUCCUGCGGGUCAGACGAGCGGUUCGGUGCUUCGUGGUUCUUGGUGAAGAGUCGUGUUGUUGUGGCCAGAGCGGGACGGCAGGUCAAACAGUCCAGGAGAGGAGAACUCAAGAUAUUUUUGUACACAUUUCAUUUGCACUUUUUGUGUUUGCUCAGCUUGUCACUCCUGUGUUUGAUGACUUGAUAUGAUGGAAGUUUUUUUUUCUUGGAUUGGUUUUGGCUUUGUAUAAAUUCACUGUUCACUGAAAUUAAAUAAAUGCCGUGAUUGUUUCUGGA